GUCCAGCCUAGAUAUACUCCAUCUACCGCCCUCCACCCUCCCUACCUAUAUUUCUCUUGACACCACAAACACAAACCAUAUCCACGCCGCUUCUUGGUUGCUACUGCCACGAAGGGUACUUUUUGAUUGCACAAAGCCUUACAGACGAACUCUCUUGUGAGGCUGAUUGCAAUAUACCACCAACACCUACCCACCCAUCAACCAUACGACGCUGACUGUGUUCGACGGAAGGGAAUAAACCUUAUACUCCCCCACCAGCGCAAGUUCACCAGUCUCGAGAGGAAUUAAAAGGCUUCUGCCUCCUCUCCAACACCAUGGCUGAUUACGACUAUCCCCAGUCACCCACCAUGUUGCAAGACAGGCAUAUGGGCUCCAUGGCAGCCGCCCUCAGGAUGAAGUUGGAGCAUCUGCCUCAACUGAGUCUUCAGAAUCUCGACGUCCACAGGGCACAACGACUCUCCUUCGAAAUGAAUUCUGCCACCUCUUCACGUUCAGCACAUUCCUUCAGCUCCCAACAAUCAGACGAUACCGAUGCCACAGACGUCACGGUCACACCCAACCGAUCACGAGCGAGCACCUUUGACAGCGCAGAAAGAAUCACUUCUCCUUUGGUACAGACAGUAUCGUGCAAGCCUCCCUUAAGGAUAGUCCUGGGCACUGCUUCAGUAGGAUCACACUUAUCACCACUGGCCAAGAUCACGACUGUCGAGGACGCCGCCAAGUUUAUCAACCUCUUCCGCUCAAGAGGGUAUGCCGACAUCGACACUGCCAGAGCAUAUCCCGUGGGUCGAGGUGGCACAUGUGAGAAGCUCCUGGGCGAGGAAGAACUGCGGUUAGCAAAAUGGGCCAAUGUCUCGACCAAGGUCUCCAGCUUCAUGCCCGGUUCCCACCGAGCCAAGAACAUCGGUCUCAGCAUUGAUCGAUCCUUGGAUGCUCUCAACACGGACCAAGUUGAUGUGAUGUACCUUCACGCUCCCGACCGAGCGACUCCAUUCAAGGAGACUUGCGAGGCCAUGAACAAGGCUUACCUGGAAGGCAAGUUCGAACGAUUUGGCCUGUCCAACUACUCGGUCGAGGAGGUCGAAGAGAUCGUUGCAAUCUGCGAGGAGAAUGGCUGGGUCAAGCCGUCUGUCUACCAAGGCCAGUACAAUCCAAUCUGCCGAGGCGGCGAGGAACGACUGUUUGCUGUCCUGCGGGAACAUAACAUCGCCUUCUACGCUUACAGCCCCUCGGCUUGUGGCUUCUUCUCCAACAAAGUCUCCAGAGCCUCCACCAAAGACAAGAGCAGCAGAUGGAACAUCGCUUCCCCACUCGGUGCUAAAUAUGCUGGCGACUACUUCCAUGAUCCUCUCUUUGCUGCCGCCGAGAUUGUCCGUCAACAAGCACAGAAAUACGGCAUCUCCGGCCACGCAGCUGCCCUUCGAUGGACCACCUGGCACUCUCAACUUGGUGCCGAAUAUGGUGACGCUGUCAUUGUGGGAGCCUCAAAGCUCUCUCAACUCAAGGAGAACAUGGACAUCCUCGAACAAGGUCCCCUGCCGGAACCCUUAGUGGAGACCAUGAACGGCGUCUGGGAAGAUGUACGAUCUUUCGAGAAGGGGCCCCGUUUUUCCUUUGUUUAAGUGUACUACCGUUACACAUUGGCUAUUCACGCACGGACAUGGUUUCUAUCACGAAAUAUAAUUCUCGGGCAAUGACUUCAUGGCGUUCUGAUGGCUUACGGGUACUAGAAAGUACCAAGGAGAAACGGCCAUCUACUCAAAAAAACUCUCUACCUUUCGACGUCGAUCCCUCAAGUGCUGAGUUGGAUCCAGCUUUUGUGACGCCUUUUUACUGAAUGGACUUGUAUCACGUGUAUGACGAUACCCUAUGUAUGUUAUUUUGAGAAAACAAGUUGGGAUGAAUUUUACCGGUCUCUGGAAGACGCAGGCUAUACAAUGAUUAUGGAACGGGCUAUGAAUGUCCUCGCACACCAUUGACUUAUCGACACAGACUCGCGCGAGCACAUGCGGACAUCUGGAUGACCUAUCAUAGGUAGCAACAAAGAUAACAUGCGUGCUGCAUAUGCUUCAAGUUUCCAGUUUUCCCAUGCUGUCUGAUAGAUCCCGCCCCCCCUUUUGUUGCUUUCGAUGCAAGUGCUUACAGGCUCUUCCAUCGCGUAGCACAACUGGGCGGCUGCAGGAAAGCACCCAUCAAGGGACUCAGCGCGACCCGAAUUGCUUAGCGAUCGAGACAACCAAUGCUGCUUGCUCUGGGCGCUUUUCUCGUGUCCUCAGGCAUCCAGCAGGUGGGAAACUCCACCUCUGUACGAUGUUGUCCACGCAACUGGUGUGCAGCACAAAUCUGCCGCAAAAAGGCUUGCUCUUCGUAACAGACAUCGGGUCAAAAUCCUGCAGCACGACUCCAUCGUGAAUGCAGACAUGUGUCGAAUGUAAACUGUAUUCUCAAACCUUUUCUAAAUUGAUUCCAUACCAAAACAGCAAUGUCUAAACAAAAAACUUACCAUCAAGGUGGGACAAACAGC